AUGACCAAGCAGAAGCUACAUGCCCCUCAGAAUCUGAUUCUCACUGCACCUGGCCAUGAACGGUUUUUCUGCCCAACUCCAGUCCCAGCCACUAGUGUGACUAGUCAGGACAACAUUGUUCCCUCAACUCUCACACUGCCCACCUCACAAGCCCCAUCACUAUGGGAACCAGGCCAGCCAAUCAGAGCACUCUGUUUUGAAAAGAAGCUUUAUAAAUUGAGCAUCCUUUCCCUAGACAAGCACACCCAAUGUCCAGAGGUCUCCCAGGGCACUUUCCUUCUGGAUAAGCCACUUCAGUUGCCCCCCCACUUUCCACCAGUAGAGAAGGAGACUUGUGCCUGGAAUGCUCAGGGCCAAGAUGCAAGCCUACAGUCACCCUGCUUAGAGAACCAGUCACCCCUGCAGCCACACCAUGACACCAGAGCGCUUCAAGAGCCCCUGAGAGUUUCCAGCAGUAACCUGGAAAAUGCCCGGAGCAGUGAGAGCAGUGUGAGGAGCACUCGACACUGCAGCCUGGAGAAGAGCAGUGACAUCAGCCAGCUGAGCAGCGGGUACGCAGGGGAUGAGGAGAACAGUGAGGUCAGCCUUGUAGGCAGUAGUCGAAUCGUGAGGUUAAAAAGAAGACUCAGAACCCAAGUGGGCAACACCCCAACUGGCCAGCUGUGCACUACCUACUGUCCUAACCAGGUGAAGAGCCAAGCGGCCAGCCGGGCCAACAGCACCCAGCAGACUGGAGGGGAAAAGUGAGACCAGCCUGCCUGGCAGCACCAUCAACAGCAGGACCAGCAGCCUGGCCAGCCUCAGUUUCAUCAGCCCAGGCAGCAGCUUUCUGACCUACCAGGUGAGCAGUGGGCUGUUCAGUCCCAUGAGCAGCCUUCCCUCUAGCCAAGCCAGCAGUUGCCAGAGCAUCAGGGUGGACAGCAAUGUGCAAUGUGGGCUGCAAAGCAAUACCAGUCUCCAGGAGGACAAGGCUGGGGACAAUGUGAAAGUCAGCGACCAGGUCACCGAGGAGAAGCAGCCUACCCAGAGGCAUGCACCUUCAUGAAAAGGUCCUCAAAAAAUGCAGAUGUGAAGACCCAGCACAACCCAGACUUCACCCAGAGU